GAACGAGUGGCAGCAGCAACAGCAGCAGCACUCGACAGCGGGGACAAGUUUGAGUGAGAUUAGGCGCGGGCUAUAAUCAUGUCGAGGCGGCGAAUGGGCGGCGGGGGGGCUGGUGGGCACGCCGUGUCUGCGGGAAUGCAGUGGCGGCAGCAGCAAGAGCAGGCGGCGCUGGCGGCGGCGCUACAGCAGCUGCAGCCGUGCGACGCGGUGCCCAAGCUGCUGCAGGCGGGGCUGCAGCGGGUGCUGCUGUGCGUGCGGCACACCCUGAGCGCCGUCAGCACCUGCUCUGCUGGUGCCGCGCCAACGACUGUCCCGGGCGUGGACGUGGGUCAGGACCAGCAGCAUGGUAUCCCCACUGGCGCUGUGGAGCCGGAGCCAGCCGACCUGGAAGACGGCAGGGAGGCGGCAGCGGCGGCGGUCGCGGCGGCUCAGCUGCGAGCACUGGCGGCCCAGGUGUGCGCCCGGCUGCCGCGCCCCGCGGCGGCCAAGGGCCAGGACGCAGCGCUCCUGGGCGGCCCCAGCGCCACUCCCUGGCUCGGCGACACCUACGUGCCAGCGCUGCUGCACCACUACUUGCUGCUGUCCACCAGCCUGCUGGAGGACUGCGGCGGCGUCUGCCGCGACAUCCUGUCGGGCAGCCGCUCCCCGCCGGCGAGCCUGAUGGUUGUGGCCAGGGACGGGCUUGCGGCGGCGGCGGCGGGCCAGGCGGCGGCUCCGCUGCCAGUGGGCGUGUACGGGUGCGUGGCGGCGGCGCUGGGCUGGCAGCAGCAACUGCUUGACCUGCUGGCGUGGAUGCCAGAUGGCGAGGUGGCGGCGGAGGUAGCGGCGCGGGUGAUGGCGGCGGCGCCUGCGCUGGCGCCGGGCAUGGCGGCGGCGCUGCUGCGGGCAACUAGCUCUGUGGACGAGGACGACAGGGAGGGAGGGAUGGUUGCGGCGGGCCUACUGGCGGCACCGCCGUCGGGUGCUCGGCGGCUGGCGGGCAGUCCGCGAAUGCUACUGCAGCUGGCGGCCACUGUGCGGGGCGCGGCAGCUCAGGCAGUGGAGGGUGCCGCGGAGUGGCUGCCUUGCCUGGUGGUGUUGACUGCGGCCCUGACAAGGGCGCUGGCGGAGGGACCGACGGCGUCAGCAGCAGCAACAAGAGGCGCCGACACGUGGGCGGCGGAGGCGUGCGCGGCGCUGCAGGAGGCGCUGUGUUCCUGGCAGGAGCAGCUCAUUGUGGCGGAGGCGGGGUCGGCGUCGGGUGAGGCAUCAAGCCUGCUGCCGCUGCUGCUGCCGCCGCUGCGCGAUGGCCUCCUGCCGCUGCUGGACGAACACGCGCGGCAGCACAUGGCCGCGCACAUGGAGGUGCAGGUGCAGGGCCAGCAGCAGGGGCAGGGCGACGAGGAGCUGGCAGACCAGCAGAAGCCGCUGCUGCUGCCAUACGCGUUAGUGAUCCAGCUGCGCAGCCGCAUUUCGCUGUUUGCCAUGGCUGCCGCGGCUGCUGAAGGCAGUAGCGCUACCGCUGAGGCGCCGUCGUGCAGCGUAACCGUCGCGAAAGGUGCUCGGGGGCGCGGGCGGGGGCCGGGGCAAGGGGAGCUUUCUGAGGAGGACGUGUGGUCACGGCUGGCAGUCUGCAGCCGUGGCACGGAGACCGGGGUUGGCGGGUCAGACGGAAGCUGGCGGUCGCGAGGGGGCGGUGCUUGUGCCAGGGAGAUGGCUCCCAAGUGGCUGUUCUUAGCCACGGCUUGUGAAGCCACCGCCGCGCCCAAGCAAGGAAGCGCCGCCGCCAUUGGCGACAGGGACGCCACAACCGGGGGCCCGUUGCCAGCGGCGCUGCUUUCCGCUGUGCGGUCCGCCGCUCAGCAGCAAUCGAGGUCGCAGAUAGGAACGGCUGUCAACAGCGUCGACGACCGGUGCGCUGGGCCUGCGGCGGUGGUGGAGCGGGUGGCGGCGGUGGCCGUUGCGCUGCUCACGCCCGGCAUGGCCAGUUGGCUGGUGGCUGUGCGGGAGCCGCGGGCGCUGGCGGCGGCCGGGCCCGACCCUUUCAGCCCCUUCCGGCUGGCCCUGGCGCUCUUGGAGCUGCUUCAGGGCGGAGUGGCGGCGGCGGAGUCGCUUGCAGCGGGGGCAGAGGCAGAGGAGGUGGAGGCGGGUGCAUGGUCGGAGGGCCGUUGGCAGGCGGCUGACGGCGGCUGGCGACGGUUGGAGCUGCAGGUGCUGCGGCUGGCGGUGGAGUGUGUGGCGGGCGUGGAGGCGGCAGAGCAGCAGGCGGCGCUGCAGGCGGUGGCUGUCGCUGGUUCCACCUUUGCACGGCUGCAGAGCCGCCUGGCCGCCGACGCCAGCCUGCAGUCCGCCGCCGGCCGCGGCCUGGUAGCGCUGAGCAACCGCACCGCCGCCGUGCGGGGCUCGCUGGAGGCCACGGGCCGCGCGCUGUCGGCGGCGGCGGAGGCGCAGCACCUGGCGGCAGCCGCGCGCGAGAUGCUGCCAUACGCGGUGCUGGCGCCCGCCACGUGUGUGCGGCGGCUGGUGCUGGACGGGCUGCUGCACCCCGGGCAACAGCCGUGGGUGCUGCAGCUGCUGCGCAGCCUGGCUGCUACAGCCACUGCGCCUGCGGCUGGGGCUGCCGAGGCUAGCGCCGCGGCUGCGGCGGCGUGCAGUGCUGCCGCGCAGGUCGUGGCGGCGGGCGGGGCCUCUGUGUUGAUGACUUGCCUGCGCGAGGUGAUGCAAGAUGCACCGCGGCUGCUGCGCACCGGUGGUGACCGGCGCGCGCUGUUGGCACUCGUGGAGGGUCUGGCGCGCGCCGGCGUGGCGCCGCCGCGGCAGGUGCUGUCGCAGCUGGUCACGCCGCUGCUGCAGGUCGCCGCUGCCGCCGGCGUUGACGGCGACCCGGACAGUGCUGGCGGGCAGCUGCAGCUGCUGGCAGCACUGCAGCUGGCGCAGCAUUUGCUGGGCUUGCCGGGUACACCGCUGGCCGCGCCUGCAGCCUCCAUCGCCGUUGGCGCGUCCGCGUCUGCUGCCGCAGCGGAUGCAGGAGGAGGAGGCAUCGGCGGGACCGCUGCCGUGGCCGCCCUGGCGCCUGCUUGGUCGCCUGCUGCUGAGCUUGCAGCGGCGCAGCCGGCGGUGAUUCUGCUGGCCGCCGCCGCGGUGCUGCAGAAGCAGUACGUUGCGGUUGAUGCCAGCGGCCGUGCAGACACGGCAGUGCUCGAAGCGACGGGCAGUGUACUGGAGCGCACUGUGGAACUGUACGGAGCCCACGUGCGUGCGGUGCUGUACGGAGCUGGUGGCGGCGCCGCCAUGCGGCAGCAGGCGCCGCCGGCGCGGCAGCAGCUGUGGGUGCUGCGGGAGCUCCAGGCGCUCGCCAGGGGCGUCGAGGUGAUGCCCAUGCGCGUUGUGUCUGUGUUGGUUCCAGUGCUGGAAGCGGCGUCGCCGCACGCGCAAGACGGAGCCGAGGAUGAUGACACGGAUGGCGACGCCAACCCAGAUACCGCCGGCGAGCAAGGGAGCGGCCCUGCAGCCUCGGAUGCUGCACAUGGCAGCCGCGACGCAACGGAGGUGCAACUAGAGGCGGUCGCCGCUGGGCUGAGGGCCCAGGUGCGGGCCCUUGCGGCGCGUGUGGCGGCGCCGGCAGCCUGGCGGCCGCGCGCGCUGCGCUCUGCGAACACGGAUGCGGUGCAGGCGUUGCUGCUGCCCGUCCUCGCCUUUGCGGCCGCCAACCCUUUCCACACCAGCGCGCUGCACGCGGCGCUGAUUGAGGCGGCGGCAGACGCCGACGCUGCUGACCAUGGGGAAGAGCACGUACGUGGCGAUGCUGGUAAGGGCAUGCCUUCCGCAGUCUCCGGUGACGCGGCUGACGCAGAGGUUUGGACGUCGUGGACCGCGUCAAUGGCACUGCCGUCGUCGACUGCUGGCGUUGGCGCAGGUGCGCUGGCACGCCACGUGGCCGCGACGGCUGCGCGGGGCGUGUCGCAGCUGCCAGAGGCCAGCUUGCGUGACGGCUUGGCGGCGGCGCUAGCGGCGCUGCUGCCCACUGCCACGGUGGAGCAGGCGCGGCGACUGCUGCUCGCCUUAGCGCCCCCGCUGCUGCUGCAGCUGCAGACCGGCGGACGGGGCGGCCUGGCGGCGCUCCUGUGCUCUGCCGCGACACCAGGCACACAGCCUGCGGGUGCUGGUGCGCAGGCGCAGGCUGCCGAGGUGCAGGCGGCUGUCCAGGCAGCCGCGGUGGCCCUGGCGCCUGUGGCCGCCGUGCCGCCGUCCACCGCCUCCGUAGGCAUGCGGUCUGCGGUGGCGGCAUCGCUUAUCCUCACCUGCGGCGCCGCAAUUGACAUGCUGACACGCGCCGCUGCAGGCAGUGCGCCGCGAAGCCAGGCAGCCGAGGCAGGGGGAGUCGCAGCUGCAGCGGACGAUGCUGAUGGGACUGCUGCCGGCACGUGCGGAGAGGCUGUAGCAGGCGCGGUUGCGGCGGCGUCGGACCGGUGCACCACGCACCUGGCGCUGCUGACGUCGCGGCUGGUGGCAGUGCCGCCGUUAUCGCCGGGUCUGGCGCCGAUGUUGGCGCUCUUCUUCAUCCACCUGAGCCGGGUGGUGACCACGGCUGCCGCGGCAUCGGCGGCGGGUGAGCAGCCCAGCGCUGGCCGAUGGCUGGACGUGUGGCAGGCGGCGCUACUUUCCGUGCUUCAACAGCUGGUAGCGUCUCUGGCGGCAAUUGCGCCCGUCACAACAAAUGCAGCUGGCGCUGGCGCAAGCAUGGUGCAGGCAGUAGCAACGCCGGUGUUUCUGGCGGGUGCACGGGCGGCCGUCGGGCAAUUACCAAGCGCGACCGCCUGUGUGUUGUUGGCAGCGCUGGAGCAUAUGUGCGAGGCACAGGGGGUCGAGUUUGAGUAGCCCCCCUCAUAGUACGAUGCGGCGGUUUCGUCGUAUCGCUGUGCGUUUGGUCUCAGCUAGAAUACACACCAAGGAAAUCAAGCACAGUGGCGACAUUACGAUGCGGUGGUUUCGUUCAGGGUUUCGUUGUGUCGUUCGAGCGAUGUCGUGCCUGAGGUGCCUUGAAUUUGCGUAUAGUUUACGGGACGCUGCUGCAGUAUAAGCUGGAAUCGGCUGGGUAGGGUUUCCGCACAAGUUGGUGUGCUUCCCUGUGUCGUUCACGGCUCUGGCCGUCGAUUGAAGUCGCACCUGACACCCAGCGCUAAGACAUUAUGGUCCAUCAGCACAAUUAUUUGAUGACUUUGAUGACCGCAUGCGCGCGUCUGCGCCGCGGCGCGGCCUUUCACCGCAAGCAAUCGUUGUCGUCACCUGGGCAAGUACCAACAGAAUCGCACACAUGUGCUCAUUAUUAUAGUAAUAUUAUAACUUAUCAACUCUU